GGCUGGGUUCCCCCGCCCCGCUCCCGGGACAGCCCGGCCCGACACCGGGACCUGCUGCCACCCCCACACGGACCUCGUCGUGCCCCCAGCUCGAUCCUGUCGGGGUCAGCUGCCCCCUUUCUGCUUCUCAGGCUGCGCCGGACAACUAAGUGCCGCUCCGCCACCGCCUCCCCCGCCCGCUGCCCCGCCGGCCGCGGCGGCAGGGAGCGGCGCUUGGCAAGGAGCGGGGGCGGUCGGGGGCGGGGCGGCGGCGGGGGCAGCCCGGUGCCGCCGGGGAGCCCGUCCCCGGCGUGCUCGGCUCUCCCUGCCCACCUUCUUCCCGCCGGCCGGCAGCGCCGUUGCGCAGCUCCCGCGGACGGGACGGGACCGGACCUUCGGCCGUGCCGGGCAGCGGGGCCGGCCGGGUAGGGCUUGGGGCGGGCGGCGGCGAGGCGAGGCUGGACGGCCGCGGUAGGGGACGAGGCCGCCCGGAGCUGGCGGCGGGGGGCGGUGGGGGCCCGGGGCGGCGGGGCGCCGCCGGGGCCCGGCGCAUGGCGGCGGGGGCGGCGGGGAGCAUCACCACGCUGCCAGCGCUGCCCGACGACGGGGGGAGCGGCACCUUCCCCCCCGGGCACUUCAAGGAUCCCAAGCGGCUUUACUGCAAGAACGGCGGCUUCUUCCUGCGCAUCAACCCCGACGGCAGAGUGGACGGCGUCCGGGAGAAGAGCGACCCCCACAUCAAACUGCAACUUCAAGCAGAAGAAAGAGGAGUGGUGUCAAUCAAAGGUGUAAGUGCAAAUCGCUUUUUGGCUAUGAAGGAGGAUGGCAGAUUGCUGGCCCUGAAAUGUGCAACAGAAGAAUGUUUCUUUUUUGAGCGUUUGGAAUCUAAUAACUAUAACACUUACCGAUCACGGAAAUACUCUGAUUGGUAUGUGGCACUGAAAAGAACUGGACAGUACAAACCUGGACCCAAAACUGGACCUGGACAGAAAGCUAUCCUUUUCCUUCCCAUGUCUGCUAAAAGCUGAUUUCCAUGGCGGAUUCCGAGUACAUAUAUAGCACACUACACGAAAGACGUCGAGUUUCCUACUCCUCUCUGAAGUAGCAACAAUCUAAGCAAUUAUUUGCUGAUAUUAACUGCUUUUGCAGAUGCCAGAUUAAAACAUGAAUGUUUCAUACUGUCUUUAUAUUGCUCUUUAAACCUAUCGUGCCAGUGUGCGUGGAGGUAAAAUGACUUGGAAAAUGUAUUUUCAGGAUCAGUAACACUUCUGUUUUCUGCUAGAUAUCCAUGUAGAGCUAUUUUAUUUACCUUACGUUUGCUUUACAGAGUAAAGGAAAAUGAAUCUGAUGCACACUUAUAGCAAUAUUUACCUUUUAAAAAAUAAUUUAUAGCUUAUUACAGAAUAAAUAAUUACUUUCUAAUAAUUACCUAAAAGAAGUCCACGGAUAAUUUUAAUAUGGUCUAAAUAUCACUACAAUAAUAGUUCUAAAUUAUUAAUACAGUGAAAUGUGAAAUGUGUUGCUAUCAUGUAAUGUUUCUGUAGGACUCGGGCAGCUCCCUGUGGUAUAGUUUGUAGAACAGGCCUGUGUAGACAGCUGGAAACUCUCUCAUGGUUAUAUCAAUCUUACCAAAGCCUUCCCGGUAUCCAUAGAGUAAGAGUUUAGCUACGCUGCUGGUGAUGGGAGUAGCAUGUUUGGUCCUAGCAAGCUCAUCGAGGUCCAUCCAUUCACACCUCAGGCACUCCUGCUGGCAGAAGCUGAUGUUGAAGGAGGAGGGCUCCAGGCGACAGAUUAUGUACAUAUCUGACUUCCCAAAGGCUCCGGGCUGUUUGUGUUGCUGCCUUAUGCUUAGGAUGGACUUGAACUCUGACUUAAUGCCAGUCUCUUCAAAAACCUCUCGAACUGCGGUGUCUCCUAGGUGAAAAGAGCAAUCCUUACAAUACACAGAAGAAUAGCUUAACAUUCUUUAAACCUUGUGAUCAUGGAAGAUUUCUAACUCAAAGCGUUCUCUGUUCUGCUUCAUAAGCUUUUCAGAGCGUAGCCCGUUUGUUUCAACACAAGGAUAAGCUAAUUUUUUGGUCCCCGAACAAAACUAAUUGUGACAUGCCUUUCUUGUGUAUAUCCCACCAAAUGAUGCAAGUAAGAAACUUCCCAUAAUACUGUACAGAGUGUGAUUCUGAAACGGACAUUCUGAUGGUCGCUGGCUCCGCUGAGCUUUUAAUCCAAGAUAGCACUGCACCCUCUUUUCAGUCCUCUGAAUCUUGGUCCCUGUCUCUUCUUGCUGCUACCCAGUUUCAGGUUCAGACCCUGUGCAGCUCAACACCUGUACGUAUGUCAGAUCACUCGAUCAAAUCACUUUGUUUCGUUGCACUUUUUGCCACAGGAUUUAACAAUGGGGGUAAAACUGUUGCGUGCAGCAAGUGAAAGCCAGCACUAAGUCCUUUUUAAAAUGUAUCUUAAGUGUCUAGUUACAUUUGAAAUAUGCCGUAAUACCAGUAUAGCACAUAGCCUGUUCUUGCAGAAAACAUGCUGUAUCCGUGCUACACAUGUACAUUUUGUGUACAUCAACCACAGUGAUGUGUUAACAUUCCUCGUUACAAAAGUAGCCCUAAUUUCAGGAAUCUAGAGGGUCUGUGUACUGCAUUUGCAGCCAGAGCAUUGUCUGUCUGUCCAGUCCUCAAGAGAAGAUUUCUCUCUUGAAUAGUAACUUAAAUUGAAAACCUCAAAUGAGAUUUUUGAUACUCCGCUUAUUUCCCCAAAUUCUGCAGCUUCAUUGUAGUCAAGUCAAAUCCACUCUUGCCUGGGGUAACUACUGGUAUGUAAAAUACUAGCUUUUUCUAAAUUUAUGUAAGCUCAUGGUUGUGCCUUGUUUGAGUGGUAAAUGCGUAUAGCUGUUUUGCAGUGUUACCUGCUUCAGCUAGUUCAUGUUCAAAUGAAAAAGAAAUGUGUGUUGGCUUACUUCCAAAAGCAAAGUACAUUUUACAAGACCUUGUAGAGAUUUGCCUUCCUAUGGAAGCCUGCAUCUUGACAUGUCAGAGGUGAACAAGAGACAUUUUAGGGGUGGUCUCAGAUAUUGGAAAUAAUGUCAGGACAUACAGUGACUAGCAAUAUAUAAACAAAAUGAUUUAUCCAGCAGAGGCCAAAGAACUAUAUAUAUGUUAAGGGCCCUGAUUUUGAGCCUCAGCUCAACUUCCAUCUUGCAAUUAAACUAGCUGUGUGAGACCUAUUAAUACACAGUGCCUGCACAACAUUUAUGUUUGUGACUUUUUUACAGUACUGAUUAGUUAAAAGGCUAACGCAUACAGGGAGGAAGCACGUGGGGGAAGGUACUGAUUUACCAUUCCUGACCCUCGGAGAGACUGCAUUUUAGAGUGCCUGGAGAGGCCCCUGCAGUCCUCUGGUUUAAAACAGCGGUUGCGAAGCAGACACUGUGGCAAAUGGUUUUAUUGUUAGGCAAGGGGCUGCAUUACACAAAAGUGGUCAAAGAAGGUAAACAACUGAGAUCACGAGGAAUGCUGAGGAAGGCUAUGGUAAGGAAAAUGAAAUAAAUAGGGAUUUCAUGUAAGCUUUGAGCUUUGCUUUUAGAUAAAGUGCCUUUUCCUGUUUCCCUUUUAUUUAAAUGUGUGUGCGUAUAUAUAAAAAUAUAUAAUGACAGUUAAACCAGAAGAAACACUAGGGCUUGAGUUUCAGAAGUAUUCAAAUACAAAAAUGUGUGCACUUUGCUUAAUCUGCAUUAUGAAAUGAUACAAAGUACUCGCGCAAGUCGCUUUGUACUAUUAAAGUAGGCAGCCGUAUAUUUUGUCACUUCACGUAAUAACAGGAUCUUCAAGCUUUGUAAUUGCAAUUUGUAACUGUAAUUUGAAAUUUAGUCCCUUGAAUGACUGUGAGUUUAUAAGGUUUGAUGUAAGGAUAAAAAAAGUAAAAUUAAGCUCAGUUAUAUUUUAUGCUUCACUAAUUUAUAUCUUCUUGUAAUAUUAAGAUGUGAUGCAGAGAAUCGUUAACUUUUAUUAUUACGUAGUUUAGUAGUGGCAGGAGGGGAGCUGUAAGAGACUUGUUUCGUCCCAGGUGUUUCUCAAUACCUACAUCCAGGCUCCAACCAUAACCUCACCUGUUAUUUGAGGGUUGGCCACUGGCUUAUUGAGUAUCCCUGGGGGGGGAAGCUGUUGCCAGUGCUGGCCGUUCUUUCCCCUCAGUACAAAAAUCCCUCUGGUACCUCCUAGAAGUGAAAGGGAGCCUGGCUAGACCACAAACACGGCAUUUCAGAACAUGAUGUUCUGAACGCAUGACUCUGUUUUGCAAUGUUACAUGUAUUUGCAUUGUCAAGCAAAUAAUUUUGAUUUUUAUCAUCGUGCUUGACAAAAAGACUUAAAACAUGAUUCGUGUUAUGAAAACUACAACUCGGCCAUAUCCCACCAACUAGAAACUUUCUGUGUCUUGAAAUGAUGAACUGGAAUACAGCCCUCCCAUGUUGUUGCAGGAAGACUGCUAAAAAUAUUAGAUAUUUCUAAGGAAUGAAACAGUCAGGAAACGUGGGCUCGAUACCCAGUUUGCCAGAGCUGUUGCAUUGCUCUCCAUUUUUCCAUGAGUUCUCCAUUUUUGAGUUAUUAGAAGAGUAUAUUCGCAUCUGAAUACUGAUGUGAAGCUAAAUUAAUGUGAGCAAAUGUAACUUUUGAAAACAAGACCUACUUAAUAACCACAGUAUAACUUCAGAAUUAACCAGUCUGUGGACUAUAAUUUUAAGGGCUGAGAUACAAGGAGGAAAAAGUACGAUUUUCUCUCUUGAUACACGCCCUUGUUCAUUCACCUCCGAACACAUCCACGGCAGUGUUUAUCAUCCCCUAUGCUAUGCUGGGUAGAAAUGAUAGGUUUCAUCAAACCCGCACUGUGUUUCAAUACACAAGUGCCUUAUGUCUCUGGUUGAAAGUAGGUGCCCAUGAGACUUGGGUGCUGUACUUAACGCUGGUCCUCUGCCAAAGAGCUUUUAGUCUAAACAAAUCAAAUGAACAAGGGCAGAAGGAAGCAAGUGUAUUUAUUUCUGGUUUGCACAUAAUAAUGGAGAGCUGGAAAUUUGUGCUCAGUACAUCACUGAGCUCACUGCCCUGGAUUCCAAAAAGCGAGCUGAGAGCUCGCCAUUUCAGUUUUAUUUGGGUAAUAUACCAGUUACCUUAAUCCUCUGCACCUUGGGAUCGCUACAGCAUGUCCAACUAGCCUACAAAAAAUACGCUGGUUUCAAGCAGUCGUUUAAGAGAAAUUGUGGAAAAGGGUAAAUGUUAUAAAUAUAAAGCUUCUAUGCCCUGAACAUAAUGUUGCCCCGUGAUUAUUAAGGUUGUGGGAUCAUGUCAGUUCAUCUCUUCACCAUUAAUUCAAAGAAGCCGGUAGGCAUAGGGUCAUGAUGUAUUUCAGUACUGUUAAUGCCUUGGUAAUUCUGUUGAUGCCUGACCUGUUAUCCGAGGACUUACCAAUGUCUUCGCCUGGAUUAGAUAGACCUCCUGGAAAUUUCCAUGCAUUUAGAGUCUGUAUUGGAGGAAAAAAACAUUAAUGAAGUAUGCAGCCUGUUUUGUACUCUAAUAUGGAGACAAUUAACACGUGACGUUGUUGAUGUUGUUGAAGUUGUAGUAUUGUAAUUACUCUUAUACAUCAGUAAGGCUUUAAGUAGGAACUUCUUUGUUCUUGCUAAUGUGAUGAUCAGAGAUAUCUGCAGUCUGUAUGAAAUAUUGGAACAAAACAUCUACUGAUUGAAAAUACAAACUGUCUAACAGUCAUUAGACAAUGAUGCUGCUAGAUAACUAGAUAGAGUAGUUGAAUAUUAAAAAAAGCUGCUAGAGACUAUAUAAUCUUCUAUUUCAUCACUAAUGUAUUCCACUUUCAUGGUUUUGGCUUUUAAAAAAUGUAUAUAUAUUUAAUCUUACAAACUGUUAUUAUGAUUGUAGUACUGUUCUAUACUGCACUGGCUUUAAGAUGACUUUGUGUGUCUGUAAUAACCAUGUAGUGUAACUUGUUUGUUUUCACGGAAUACAAAACCUGAGGCCUUGUGUGUGAUUUAUAUAUAGAAGCAUUUAUUGAAUUGCAAUAAAGUUCAGUACUUAAAACAGAA